CCUCGCGGCAUCACGGUCGCUACUUCUACAGGACCUCGUCCCCGCCGGCGUUUUGUCAGCUCAAGAGGUUGAGCAGGAGCUAUUGAAGCUUUUAAGCGCUGGCCUUUAUGCAGGGUUUUCUCCAGCCACCUUUUGCUACGCACUGCUCCAGAGACCUUGGCUCGAACAUACACUGGCCGCUGGCUCGCCUACAUUUGCCGGGGGGGGAGAGUCGUGGUGCCAGGAAUGGAAGCGUUCCUGAGGCUGUCGUGACGUCAAGCGAGGUGUGGGCGAUCUACUCGGAGUUGAAGAUGAAUUGGGAUCAUUGUGUCGGACUAUAUGCUCAUGGACCUACUAUAUAUAUUCUCAAACGAUUUGCCAAAGACUUGGAUCUCAUUGCCGUGGUUGACAAACCCAAGCGGGAAUUCAGAGUUGACACUCCAGACUCGCAGCUUGCACUUGGUCGCGUUGUUUUGCUUACUCAAGAGAGACUUUCCUGAGAAAUUGAAGGCAAUGGAUCUCACUAUGUUAACUUGCCUCAACACACCCUCGCGCUUUGUAUUCAGGGAGCUUGAUGACGAUCUGGUACGGAAUUUUAAGCUCGAUCUUGAUGCCCUGGAGAACUCUGUGGUGUGCUUGGCGGAAUUUACCUGGCGCAAGUUUCAACGUGUUCUGGACCAAUGGAGAGGUCCAUACAAAUCUAACGAGAAUGCUUAUUACGUCUUCCACUUGCUUGACUUGGGAUGCCAGCUGGCCGACAAGGGCGACAAGGGGUGCAUUGUUGAUCCCCAAGCUUCAAACUCAACAUGGAAUUCAAUCUGCAAAAUAUACCUCUUUGCAAUCCCUCCCGCUGAUUCUGUCGUGGUGGAGGCAAUUCUGGCAAGUGAAUUUCAGGAUGCCCUACAAAAGUUCAGGUCAAUAAUAGCAGAGUCGAGAAGAAGGCGCAAAGAGUUGGGGUGCGUGGCAUGUUCAAGGCCGAAACAACCGAAGGCUGUGGCAGCCUGGAACGAUGGCAUUUGUCCGGUUUGCUUGGAACGCCUUGCCGCAAUGCAAUGUCCUGGCUUUGUGCCAGCAGAUGCUGGGGUGAAGUUGGUGAACUGUGGGCAUUGCUUUCAUGCAGCAUGUGUUGCGCAGAUUUUGUGAUCCCACCACGCCGAGGCCACGUGCCCAAUGUGCACGGUGACCAUCAGAAUGGAUUUGAGCAAAAUUGAUUUUCAUACCUAGUAGCUUCUUGUUACUAGUAGCUUCUUGCUCCUAGUAGUGUGGCCAAGCCCCUAGUAGCGUCCUUGCUCCUAGUAGUGAUGCCUGGAGCCCUAGUAGCUUCUUGUUACUGAUAGCCUGCCGGACCAUGAUGCAAGAAAAGGAGGUUGGACGGCUCCAGACUCGCAUGCCACACCUUUCAUAUGAUGGCUAUCCAGCUACUCACGAAAGUGAUCUCCGAAGGAGGUCAGCUGAAAUUCUAGUUUACGAUUAGAUGGGCCAAAAUCGAAGGGAUCAAUUGAAAAAUCACUACAAUCGCCCCACCCCC